CACCAUCCCAUCACACAGCCCUCAUCACCAUUACAAUGUCCGCGACACAGCUCUUGAAUCCCAAGGCCGAGAGCCGCAGACGUGGAGAAGCCCUCCGCGUCAACAUCAGCGCAGGUGAAGGCCUCCAAGAUGUCCUCAAAUCCAAUCUCGGCCCUUCAGGCACGAUCAAAAUGCUCGUCGACGGCUCCGGCCAGAUCAAAUUAACCAAAGAUGGGGCGGUCCUUCUCAAGGAAAUGUCCAUCCAAAACCCAACGGCCACGCUCAUCGCCCGCGCAGCCACAGCCCAAGACGACAUAACCGGCGACGGCACCACGUCCGUCGUUCUCAUGAUCGGCGAGCUCCUCAAGCAAGCAGACCGGUACAUCCAAGAAGGCCUACACCCACGCGUGCUCACCGAUGGAUUUGAACUCGCGAAAACCGAAACCCUCAAAUUUCUCGAUACCUUCAAAAUCACCCGCCCCAUCGACCGAGACCUCCUCCUCUCCAUCGCACGAACAUCCCUCUCCACAAAGAUCAACCGCACCCUCGCCGAACAACUGACUCCCUCAAUCGUCGACGCCGUCAUGGCCAUCCACCGCCCCCCUCAAAAACCUGACCUCCACAUGGUUGAGAUCAUGAAGCUGCAACACAAACUUGCCUCCGACACGCAACUGAUCCGCGGCUUAGUCCUCGACCACGGCGCCCGCCACCCGGACAUGCCCAAACGCCUCGAGAAUGCUUACAUACUCACCUUGAACGUCAGUCUCGAGUACGAGAAAUCCGAAAUAAACAGCGGCUUCUACUACUCCAGCGCCGAACAGCGCGACAAGCUCGUCGCCAGUGAGCGCCGCUUCGUCGACGAGAAACUGCGCAAGAUCGUCGCGCUGAAAAACGAAGUCUGCGGCUCCGACCCCAAAAAGUCCUUUGUCCUGAUCAACCAGAAAGGUAUCGACCCGCUCUCCCUCGACGUGCUGGUGAAGAACGGCAUAUUGGCCCUCCGCCGGGCCAAACGCCGCAACAUGGAACGCCUGCAACUCGUGUGCGGUGGCCAGGCGCAGAACAGCGUCGACGACCUGGACCCCAGCGUCCUUGGCUGGGCGGGCCUCGUCUACGAGCACACGCUGGGCGAAGAGAAGUACACGUUCGUCGAGGAAGUCAAGGACCCCAAGUCCGUCACCAUCCUGAUCAAGGGCCCCAACCAGCACACCAUCACGCAGAUCACGGACGCUGUGCGCGACGGCUUGCGCAGUGUAUACAAUGCCAUCGUUGACGGCUGUGUCGUGCCAGGCGCGGGUUCGUUCCAGAUCGCUGCCGCCGCACAUCUGUCGUCAGAAGGCGUCCGCAAAUCCGUCAAGGGCAAAGCGAAAUGGGGCGUCGCGGCCUUCGCCGAUGCUCUUCUCAUCAUUCCAAAGACUCUGGCCGCGAACAGUGGUCAUGACAUCCAAGACGCACUGGCUGCGCUACAGGAUGAAUAUACAGAGGGCAACGUCGUCGGCCUGGACCUCGUGACUGGCGAGCCCAUGGACCCCGUGCAAGAAGGUGUAUUCGAUAGCUUCAGAGUACUAAGGAACAGCAUUGCAAGUAGUCAAGGAAUCGCGAGCAAUUUGUUAUUGUGCGAUGAGUUACUGAAGGCCCGGCAGAUGGGCAGGCAGGGCGGUCCAGGUGGCAUGGAUCAGGAGUAAACCAACCGGGUUCGUCUGAUCUGACGAGAAGAACAAAAAGUGCUAUGUCCACGGAAAACAAAUGUGCAUGAGCCAUGGAGUCCCGGUGUAUUGCAUGAAAACGGGGGAGGGGAACAUGACUUGACGAUAAGAGAGUACCUAGUCGAAUGAUACCUGGUAUAGAACAGCGAGCUCUUGUAGAAUAUCCUACCUUAGUCUACGAACCUUCUACUUUGUCAGAAUGCUUCUCCC